AUGGAAGAAGACGGGAGUUUGCAGAAGAACCGGUCUGCGAGUUUGGGGACGGAAGAGGGCCUCUAUCCCAUUUGGGCGGUGACCCUCCUAGCUGUGGUCCUUAUUAUUACCAUUGCCGUGGACAUCCUGGGCAACCUUCUGGUGAUCCUGUCCGUCUACAAGAACAAGAAGCUGAGGAAAGCAGGGAACGCCUUUGUGGUCAGCCUGGCUGUCGCAGAUUUACUGGUGGCUUUGUACCCCUACCCACUGGCCCUGAUCGCCAUUUUCCACGACGAAUGGGUCAUGGGCUACCUCCACUGCCAGGUCAGUGGUUUUCUGAUGGGCAUGAGCGUCAUUGGCUCUAUCUUUAACAUCACCGGCAUUGCCAUUAACCGCUACUGCUACAUUUGCCACAGCUUGAAGUACGACAGGCUCUUCUCCCUCCACAACACCCUCUGCUACGUGGGGCUCGUUUGGGCCCUGACCUUGCUGGCCAUCAUGCCAAACCUCUUUGUGGACUCCCUGAAGUACGAUCCGCGGGUGUAUUCUUGCACUUUUGCCCAGUCCGUCAGCUCCCUUUACACUAUCAUGGUGGUGAUGGUACAUUUCUUCUUGCCUAUCACCAUUGUCAGCUACUGCUACCUGAGGAUCUGGGUCCUGGUGCUCCAGGUACGGCGGCGAGUCAAGCCAGACAUCCGACCCAGAGUUAAGCCCCACGACUUCCGGAACUUCCUGACCAUGUUUAUGGUCUUUGUACUCUUUGCUGUCUGCUGGGCACCGCUAAACUUCAUUGGUUUUAUGGUGGCACUGAAACCAACGUUGGAUUCUACCAUACCGGAAUGGCUCUUUACCGCCAGCUACUUUAUGGCCUACUUUAACAGCUGUUUGAAUGCCGUGAUUUAUGGAGCGCUGAAUCACAAUUUCAGAAAGGAGUACAAGAGAAUCAUACUAACUCUGUGCCAGCUAAUAUGUCGAGCGGACUAA